UCCCUAUAAAACCUCGGCGUCGGAGCAUCCCGGAAACCUAACUUGCAGAGCGAAGAAAGUAAAGAGAAAUCACGUUUCAAUUCAUCUUUAGUUUUUAGAUUUUUUAUAACGAGAUGGGAACGGAGGUUUUGCAUCCUCAACAUUGGCUAACCGAACGGAUGAGAGUAGGUCCGGCGGUUUUUCCUCGCCGGAAGUCUUACUACGGCGGUAACCCUAAGCCUUCCCGGAAACAGGUUACUCGUCCUGAACCUAGAAAGCGUUCUCCCUCACAAUCAGAGCCUUCGGUUUCUAGAAAAUGGUCCGGAAACGGAAACGGAAACGGAAACGGAGGCGGAAACAGCUCCGAUGAUUCUUCGAAAUCAUCCUCUAAGAAUUUCUUCACGGGACAGGUGACCAUCUUAAAGCGCGGUGAGUCUCUCGAUUCUUCGAAGAGAUCGUGGACGAGGAACAACAACCACAACGCCGCUUCUUCUUCUUCUUCUUCUUCUUCUAAUUCAACUAGUGUGGAUCUGAUUGUCUCAGGCACGGAGCGACUGGGACCAGAUCCUGAGAUGGUUCCCAAGCAGAUCCGGGUAGCGGAUCUCAAGGUGAUUCUAUCUCCCGUGGCCGUACGGUCCGACAUGUAUGCCGGAGCUGCUUUCUCUCUUUCCCCUUCUCCUAGUAGCCUCCCGCUGCCGUCGUUUUCGAUGAAGAAAGAUGGUCUGGCGAUCGUCGAUUACUCCGCCACCAAAGAUCUGAGGCGUCUGCUCCGUCUUGAUUAGAAAUGAAUUAAUUAUUCCGAUAUUAAACUGGUGUAGAAUAUAGAUCUAGAUCUGGAUCUAGGUCUAAAAGAGUUCUGCUUUUCUCGGUUUCGUCUCUCUCUCUUCUCAUAGUUCUUCAAAUCUGUUCUCCAUGGCCUAUUUUUUUCGUGCACAUGAGAUGAAGAUCCGAAUUAUGAGAUCAAAAGUAAGGGCGAAGCAGAAAUAUAGUACAUCUCUCUAUCAUCUAUCUUAUCUUCAGAAACAUUUGGGCUAUGUGGAUUGGUCAAAAGUAAGGAAUGUGUAGUUCUUGGGGGUUGAGUAUUGAAUGUGAAUCUUCUGCUAUGCUGUUAGGGUCUGUAAUCUUCUUCUGUAAUUAUCUUUAAAGUUAUAAAGGAGGGAGAUAAACUGGGGAGGGUCUAUCCUCAGUUUAUCCUUUGUAUUAGCUUAUAAUUAGCUUUUAGAUUCUGUAAUAACUGGGUUUCGUUGGCUGAUAGAAUUUGUAAGCUUUUCUUUUGAUUUCUGGAUUCUGGAAAGAGGUGAAGUUAUAGAAGAAUCGUCUCUGACAGAUCCCUUUUUUAGAUUUUUGUGGUUGUAAUAGCAUAGACGUAAUCGAACUGUAACUGUAGAUGUUUAUGCUAUAGAACUAUAGAUCUUCAUUUCUGUUGA